AUGGAGGCAGAUCUGGCAGAUCUCUUGGCCAAGGUCCUCCCCACCGGGGUUGAGAUCACCGUUCGCCAUGUCUCGUCAACACCCACUCCGUGCGAAGCUCUCUUUGCAGCUGCGCCGGGCCAGGUCUCCGAGCCGACAUUCUGCGAAAAUCAUUUCCUCUCCGUGUCAAUUGACGCCAACGAUGAUGGUGAGACAAUUAUCUUCGGAAUGGAGGUACUAGUCUACAACACGGCCCACUUGACCACCAUCUUCGUCUCCAAGGCCGACUCGACUGGACUCCUGCAUCUCCUAAAAUUGUCACGCGGGGUAUCUGUCCUAAGACUGGUAUCCAAUACAUUUCUCUCAUUUCUGGCUCGAACUCGCCAAAGGCCCGGUGUACGUCUGGUCGUGUCGCUGUUCGCCCGCGCCCAGAAUCAGUACUUGUUCCCGGGCAGCAUUGAGAACGCCGAAAAACACGUUCUGGACGACCGAGGCCUAAUAAAAUGGUGGUGCCGUGUUCUAGACCCGAUUUUACGCGAGCAUGAGCCAGAGUCUGCUCUUCAGGAGACGAAAGCGCUGGAUCAAACAGUCGAAGCUGCCAAGGCUUCUGCCACCGCAUACUUGAUUGUUCCAAGCUGCGACCGCUUUGAAACGCGCAAUUUCUUCCCACCUACGGCCAAGAACGACGCGCAGGAUCGCCCACGGUGGCUCAACAGCUACCCACUGAAGCAAUUGUACCACGACCCUUCGGCUCCUCCCCGCUGCUUGGUGCCUCGUUUCCCCGAUGACCCCAAGACUCGUUUCCUCAUUGACCUAGACGGUGAACUUCCCGAGGAGAAUGAAGCCCAGCCUGACGUUCCUAAUGCCGGACGAUGGCGCAGCGUACGGUCCUUGGACCAAUUCUGGGAGAUGAUGUCCUUCCGCCAGGAAUGCUCUGCUGGUCGGUUAGUCGGCUUUCUAUGGUUGGUCAUCAAUCCUCCUGGUCUGAUGAACUCGACGUCAAUGGAAAGCCAAACACGCGGUUCCUCUGACAACGGCCUGGCCUCGAAGGGAGUAGAGGUUUCUGCGGCCAUUCCGAACGAGCAGAAAAUGGAGAAUGGCUCUAGCCAGUCCGAAGAAAACGCCACCUUGACGAAGGCAACAACAAUUUCUGCGACCACCGAUACCUCCCCCAAGCUUCCCCGGGACGAUGGAUCUAACACAGUCAACCCUUUCGACUGGCCAGAGGCCGGACGCGGACAGGUCGUUCUCAGUGAAGCAGACUACAAAAAGAUGAUGGAUUCGGUUUUAGACCAUUUCUAUGACGAGAAAGAAGUUGUUACCAGUACCAAGCUCUACGUUGACCUAGUCUCUUCCCUCGCGGAUGAGCUUACGUGGGGCAAGAAGGUUGUCGGCAGCAAUACCACAAGCAGCACUGCUUCCCAGCCUGCCGAUACCAAUACCAACAAUGUCCUUGACCUCGGACUGAUCCGCAAGCGCAAGAAGUCAUUGGGCGAGGGCACGCCUGUUGCGAAUGAAACCCAAGCACCGAGUGAAUCGGGAGACGCGCAACCAGCUCCGUCAGAGCCGGCAGGGGUCAAUGUGCUCAAUGCGAGCUUGGUCCGGAAAAAGAAGAAAACAUGA